AUUCUUCGGUAUGUACAGAAAAGGUCCUCUCUCCUUCGAUGGUUCACCUAAACAAAGAUUUUGGAAUAAAAACAAUAAAAAAACAUCCGAAGACAAUUAGUGUUUGACCGAAAGGAAUAUAAUAAAUAUACUAAGAAGAUGGUAAUUGCUAUUCUCUUUACCAAACUAAGAAGCAAAAUAAGUUCACUUGAAAAAGGUGAACCAUUGCUCUAUUAUAAAUGCCAGUGGGAAAAUAAAACAGAUGAUGUGAGCAUUGGCUACUUGAUCUACAAGUGGUUUCAUUUCAUUAUAAUAGUCUCUGCUAUUCUUUUAUCAUUGCUCAACAAUGAAGAAGGGCAUCCUGCAAGAUGGCCAAUUUACCUUACAAACUGGGCUCUAAUUCUUUAUUUUGUUCAAGCACUUCUCGGCACCUUUAUUGUGACCAAUGCAUAUUACUGUAUUCGGAAAGGAAAAUCAUUGGAACUAUCUGGGAAAUUCAUGCAAAUUUAUGGAGCAUUACAGUCCACAGCCAUUGUAACUGCAUUCGGUGUAACAUUUGUGUAUUGGUAUUUCGUUCAUAACCCUGAAAUCCAUAAAAUGAAUGUAGUUAAUAUAUCCUCUCAUAUUUGUAAUUCAAUCAUAAUGCUGAUCGAUCUGAUUAUGGUUGCUCAUCCUGUAAAGCUGGUUGACAUUGUUUUUCCAUUGUUUUAUUCAUUAUUAUACACUGGAUUUAACAUUAUAUAUUUCCUGUGUGGUGGAACUGACAGGAAAGGAAAUCCUUAUGUUUACAAGGUUCUGGAUUGGAGGAGACCAGUCCAUGCAAUUUCAUUUGUUCAUGGAGGAUUAUUGCUUCUCAUAUUCAUAUUUUUUGUGGUAUGGCUUGUAUCUCUGCUAAGGAGAUCAAUAAGCAAUCGAUUCGAAGCCACCCAUGACUUGGUUCCACAACAAGAACCACCUUUCGAGCUCUCUAUCGCUUAACCUAAUUAUUUAUUUUGAGGAAAUUAUAUCAUGAUUUUGGACUUGAUUUAUUGUUUUCAAUCUCUGAUUUAAAUAAUUCUUUAAACAGAAUUAUUUUAUGUCCAGAAUGGAAAAAAAAGGAUACCAUUUAGCAAUGUUCGUGUCAAAAGUUAAAUGGAAAUUAUAUAUAAAUAUGGCAUUGUGACAUCUAUGUCAUCAAAAUUACCAAAUUAGAAUAUAAUCUUGUGACUUGUAAGUAUAUUUAAAAAAAUAUAUUUGAAGAACUUUCAUAGACUAUGGUUUUCUAUGAAAAGGGCAACUUUAUAUUCGACAAGAAUUCUAAUGUCAUAAAAGUGGUUGAUAGAUUUAGAAAAAUGGAACAAAAAAAUAACCAAAUAAGUGAAAAAAAAAAUACUUUCACUCUAAUUAUUUAGUACAAAGUAUCCUCCCUGCUGUCCAAUGGUGGUAGUAACUUGAACAUAAUAACUAUUAUAGCUUUUUGUAAUAAUUGAUAUGUUCAAACAAUAAAUUAUUAUUCUUAAAAUGAAGAAAUUUCAUGUUAUUUUUUUUUAUUGAGGAUACGUAAUUAUAUUUUGGUCAAAUUAAAUGUCAAAUAAAUUUUAUUUAUUAAUCUUUUGUUAUUUAUUUACUGAAUUUUGCACAUAUCAUAUUUAUUUAUACUACAAACUUAUUUAUUUAAAUGAAAUUUAUUAAAAGAUUGAUUUUUUAUUUAUUAUUAUUAUUUUUAUGAAAUCCUUUGUGGGUUAUUUUUUUACUAUAAUCAUUCAAAAUAUAAUGCUUUUAGUUAUCAUGUACCUAAAUCUGAAAAAAAAUAAAAGUCCAUACAAUACCAUCAUCACAACUAAAGUUUUGCCAAUCUCAAUGAAAACUUAGUUCCUUUUAACUAAUGAAAUUUAAAAUGAAGUCACAAUAUUGAAUUAUACU